AGAAGGAGAAAUCGUGCCUAUGGAUUCUAUGUUGCUUGAAUCGACUUUGUCCCAAAUCACGCUGUUAAAGCGGGUAAUGGGUGGGAGUGCCAGCCGUCCCUUACGAUGUCCGCACGGUUGCUGGCUCAUUAAAUCUAAUAGCAGCGAUGAAGUGUACAAAAGCAAAAAGGCCAGCAAACCAUCUCGUUCAGAGAUUAAGAAAAUCAAACUGACUCGUCAAGAGUCUUGCGCUUGUCAAUGGGAGGAAAUACCGACGCCAAGCGUUUGCGAUCGAGAUCCACCACUUCUCGAGGGACCUCCGUCACAAGAGAAACUUAUUCAGAUAAUCAAUUGUUUUCCAUUCCCAACGCCACGUGGAACGCCACAGUCGAGCCCAAAAAUGGUAUGUAAGCAUACUGCAGUGGUAGGGGAUGUGGAACAGCAAACCUUUGGAGAUGCUUUUGAGAAACUUGUGCAGGUUUCCGUUGAAACAAUGGCCAUUACGGCGUUGCCGAUGGAUAUUUGGUUGAAAGAGCGAUUGAAAAAAUGGGUUCAGUUGUCUGGACAUGAAGGAAGUAUUGUACCUGCAUCAACAUGCACACUCUAUAAGAAACAAGCAAAUAACUGUAGUGAAGCAAGAGCAUAUGAAGCCAUAUCGAAAGAUCCAUGUCUUACCGGUUUCACUCCACGCUACUUCAAGCAACUUCAAAAGAACGAUGAAUGUUUUAUCGAGAUCGAAGAUUUGUUACAACAAUUCGCAGACCCGACUAAGACAAGUAUAAUGGAUAUCAAAAUUGGCACAAGAACGUUCCUCGAAUCCGAAGUGUCGAAUACAAAACGAAGGAAAGAUCUAUACGAAAAAAUGACAGCCAUAGAUCCCGAUGAGCCGACACCGGAGGAGCGAGCAUGUGGCGAAAUCACAAAAUUGCGAUAUAUGCAGUUUCGAGAACGAGAGAGCAGCUCGGCCGAACUCGGUUUUCGAAUUGAAGCCGCCAAGAUGCCUGGCGGUACCCUUCAAAAGAACUUCAAAAAAGUUCGCACCUACGAGGAUGUGACAGUCACAUUAAUCGACUUCUUUGGGACUGAUCGAGAAAGAAUUCGAAGCAAAUUGCUAGCACGACUCAAAGCUAUGCGAAAAGCCAUCGAGAAAAGUCGCUUUUUUGCGACUCAUGAGGUUGUGGGCAGUUCACUUCUGAUCGUGCACGAUAAUGAAAAAGUCGGAUGCUGGAUGAUUGAUUUCGCCAAAUCGUCAGCGGUGCAACCACCGAAAACUUUGGAUCACCGUUCCACUUGGGUUCCAGGAAAUUCCGAGGAUGGCUAUCUUACUGGCAUCGACAGUCUUGUCAAGAUUCUUGAAGAAAUGCCACCCGUCAAAGUUUGCCCGGCGAAGGAGCUAAGGUAGUGCUCUGCCUGACCAAACGAUCGUCUAGUUUGCACAGACAUCAAUUCACAAAUUCCUGAUCUCAUUACAUCUAUAUAUCAUCUCUUGUCUCAGAGUAUAUGAUGAGAAAUAUAUAGAAUAGACGUAUAUCCAAAAAUCGGAGGGACGGCCGUUUUGCACGACAGUAUCCAGCAGCCACGCUGCGUGACUUGUUUCAACACGUCGCGCACGCGGCAGAUUUCGCCGCAAUUUGUAGCGCGCGAAUAUGGUCCUGAAUGGAAAUUCCCUAGUACGGUCGUGCGAAACGGUCUACACCCCUCAAUUUCGACCAGUGUGUGUGUUUUUAAAGCGUCUAAGUACCUCAGUGCCAGAUCACUUGACUUAUUGGUAGUGCCUGUAAUCGCCAACUUCACUGCAUAAUAUGUGAUUCAACCAAGGUCCUUAAUGCAUAUUUUGCCUUGUUCCUGUGUCUUCUGGGUACGCAUUGUCUCCAUUGUGGCUUAGCCUUCUAUUGUUGUGAUUAUUAUAUUGUUCAGGCAUUGUUGCUCAACUUAUUAUUGGUACAAAACUGCACUAUGCAGUUUAGGAAACUAAUACUUUAUAUUCCCAUAAUUAGCUAUAUUACUUGCAAAUCAUGACUAAAUAUUGGCCUUCAUAAUGUGCGAUUUAUAUUAUGAGUAAUAUAUCGAGAGAUAAAUAUUGAAAACUCAAAA